ACCGCAGCCCCUCCCGCUGCCCGCCCCGGAAGGCGGCGGAGCUCCGUUCAUUGCAGCCCGGCCCCAUCGAACCGCGAUGCUGCAGCUCCGAGACCCGGAGGAGGGCGGCCCGGAGGACGAGGAGGAGGCGGUGGCUGCUGCGGCGGGAGCGGCGGCGCUGCUGGUCCCGGGGAGCCCCGAGCCGCCUUAUUCCGCCGCCCCCCCGCGGCAGAAGCUGCGGCCGCUGAACGUGCGCACCGCGAGCCGAGCCGGCCGCCUUAAGGAGUACUUCGUGUUCCGGCCCGGCACCAUCGAGCAGGCGGUCAGCGAGAUCCGAGCCGUCGUGAUGCCCACGGAGGAUGGAGACGUGGAGAGCGUGUGGCUGCUCACAGAAAUCGACCACUGGAACAACGAGAAGGAGCGCCUGGUGCUCAUCACCGACCGGUCCCUUCUGAUCUGCAAGUACGACUUUGUGGGCCUGCAGUGCCAGCACGUCACCAGGAUCGCGCUCAACGCCAUCGACACCAUCUCUGUAGGAGAGUUUGAGUUCCCACCUAAAUCUCUCAACAAGAGAGAAGGAGUCGGUAUCCGCAUCCAGUGGGACAAGAAGAGCCGUGCGUCCUUCAUCAGCAGAUGGAACCCGUGGUCCACCAGUGUCCCAUAUGCCACCUUCACUGAGCACCCGAUGGCAGACGCUGAUGAGAAGGUUGCAUCCCUCUGCCUGUUGGAAAACUUUAAGACUCAGCUCAUCCAGGCUGUGAAGAAAGCUCACAAGGAAUGGCCAUUACCAGGGAGGGCCAAUGGUGUCCUGGUGCUGGAGCGGCCUCUUCUGAUCGAGACUUACGUGGGAUUGAUGUCCUUCAUCAACAAUGAGGCCAAGCUCGGCUACUCCAUGACAAGAGGCAAAAUUGGCUUUUAAAAUGCAGAGCGUUUGGUCUUUUUAAAGGGAAAGUGAUUUUAUGUUAGGCUCCUGUAUGGCAAAGCAAGGACAUUGCAGGAAGGAAAGGGGUGGUUGGAGGCCCUGGUUGUUAUGGAGAGAACACACAAAGCAGACACACAUGCCUGUAUGUUGUAGCUAACUAACAGCUCUUACACAGGCCCAGCAAGCAGUGCUGUUUCCUCUUCCAUUUCUAACUACGCAUUCUUCCCUGUAUAUCUGUGCAAUCAGUAUCUGCUGCAAGCACCAUAUCCAAGGUACUGUGCCAUAGGGCAGUUGUACCUCUGAAUCAUGUGGUGUGCUUGGGAUUGAUUUGUAUUGCUUCAAGAGGUUUCAGUGUCUCCCAGUUACAGUGAUCUUAGCGUACAGAUGACUGACUGACAGGGCUUUCAUUAGCACAAGAGCCAGCAAAUUUUGUUACAGCUGUACUGCUACAUCUGCUCAGAAGCAGGGUAUGUGGGUUAUUGCUUUGUCAGCAGGCACAUGGCUGAAUAUAUAUUGGCUUUUUGGUAAAAGUAGCUCCUUCUCUCAACUGAACCUGACUCGCCAUUUCGUACCCCCUUCUGCUGCAGCCAUAAAGACUGUCUCGAGAGAGUAUUGCCAAAAGCAUUGCAAACGUUUGCCUUCAGAGCUGUUAUUUGUAGGAACGGUUUUAUAACAGUAACCCUAUUUGUAUUCAUAGCCAUUUCCUUAAAUCCACUCUAGUUCAGAGCAGCAGCGUGGAACCUCCUACCAGGGACAGAGCUUUGAGCAGUGUAUGUCAAUCCUGACUUAUACAUUCUUACAUUUAACCUCAUACAAACCUCCAGUACUGAAUCUCAGAAGCAGGGGGGAGAUGCUGUAACCAGAAGUGCUCAUGAGGUUACUGUAACAAGCUUCAUCAUUAUCUGUGCUCUUCUAUACACGUGGUUUUAUGGGAAUAUUCAUCUGCACAGCUACGAUGCUGAAUAAAUUCUGUGCUGCAGAAGCUUU